AUGGCUCACUGGCAAACGGGGUGCAUUGUGCCUCAACACCAGUCGACUCUUGAGAGCCUAGGAGCCCAUACGGAUCGGGCCCUACAGAAUACCUCUGGGAACGUCCAAUCAUACUCCGACAACCUAGCAGACAGCGGCGCUGUUGGUCGUGACGACCAGCUGCAGCAGCUUGCGUUCAAGUACCCUCAACCCCCAGCUCCAACACAUCCAGUGCCCACCGUUCCCACCACCCUUCAGCCCCCUCAGAACCUCCGGCUUCAGAGCAAGAAGCUUCGCCGCUUGCAUUCGUUUGGGCCCAGCCUAAUCGGUCCUCGUAGCAGGCCCAGAAGCUAUCUCCGGUCUAACAAGUAUCUGGAGUACAGGUCCCGCCCUCGUCGGGACACUGGCAAAGAUGGGGAACCGGUAUGGUCGGACGAGCUUGAAGACGCGUUUCAACAAGCUCUCGAGGCGAAUCCGCCAAUGGGCAGACGGAAAUGGUCCGAACGAGGAAAGUCAUAUGGUCGAAAUGAGCUCAUUGCUGAAUUCAUCUUCAAGAAGACUGGUAAGCGAAGAACCAGAAAGCAAGUUUCCAGCCACCUGCAAGUCCUCGACUCGUUCCUCAAAGGGGACCCCGACUGGGAACGACUUGUACGUGAAGAGGCGGCCGUCCGCUCGAGCAACCAACAUCCGCCCGCUGGUCCAAGAUGGGGGCCUCCCAUGGAUCCUCCCUUGUCAAGUCAUUAUGGCAAUCACCUCCACCCCGCCUAUCAUGACCCUAUGAGACAGGCUUAUGCAGGCGAGCUGCCGCCGGCUCAUUUUUCCUUGAACCCAAGCUGGCACGACACCAACAUCAAUACCAUCCAAGGCCUUGGCUUUGGUAUGUGGGUAUGCGAUCCAGACAAGCACGAUCGUAUUGAGGAUGCGAGCCAUAUCUACAGCCGCCUCCAAGAUGACCAGCGCCACCCUGUCGCGCCAAUUUCCCUGAACGAAAUCAGAAACUGGCAAUCAUCCUUCCCAUACCUUAAUUCACUGAUGGCCAAUCCAAACUCUCCACUGGAUUGCGACAUUAUCCUAAUUGAAGCUAAUCUGAAACUAAUGGACGACUUCCCCGUCACCAACUCGAAGCUUGGAAUUCACAUGGAACUAGAUUUCGCCCAAGCGAAUGCAGCUGGUGUUCCCAUGCUCAAUGACUUGGAAAACUGGUCUUGCAAGACCUACAUGUACGAGAACGGCCAGGAAGUCUACCAGGGUCGUCAGGAUGUCGCGAGGCCGGUGCACACCACAACACACACCAAAGUGAAGCCUCUGUUUGAGUCCAAAUGGUGGGCCAUUCGCUUCACAAAGCUCACACAAGAUCAAAAACUGGCUGAGAGUGCUGGACACCAUGCCCCUGAGCAAGCCAGAGAGUUCCUCCGCAACCUGACUGUUGUCCAGGAGAUUCGGGCCACGGCACCCUACGGCUCGCGGCGGAUGUCCAACCCUUACUCAGGACACCCCGUGGAAGAAAAGAAGAGGGUGGCGAUCCUUCUCUGGAAAUUUCGACAGACGCUGCCCCGCGACGUCGUUGGCACCACUACUUGGCGCCGCGUGAUCCCAUCUGAGCGGAUCCCUCACAGCAGCCCGAAGACAGCCACUGGAAUUGAUCUUCCUCCCCCAUUGUCAUUGGCCGACUCCAUGUUGUUGAAUCGUCCCGGUCCUAGCGUUUACCAUCAGCCACAAUCUCACGAGCUGCUACACAACAAUGGUGUCUCUCAGGCCUCCUGGCCUUUGUAUUCGGCGGCCCAGGAGAGCGUUGCGCAGAUGUUCAACGCUCCUUAUGAUUUUCUGGGCCCGAUGAAGCAGGAGGAUCGUCUGGGUGAUAAGAUCGCCGUGACUUUGGGCCUGGAUGCUUUCCCAAACCUUCAACCACAUGACAUCAGCCAGCCGACCAGUCUCGGUGGUUCUAGUGGUGGAACGGCAAUGCUCAGCAUGCCCGAGGUUCCCCUGGCACAUUCCAACCACAGUCCAUACAGCCUUGAGCAUGAUGGCCACUAUCAGCCCUCGCUUGGGGUGAGUGUGCAUGACAACAGCGCCCUUUUGAACGGCAUGCUGGUGACAAGCGCACAGUCGAUCGACGAUAUGAGCCACAGUCAGGCAUCUUGGAUGCCAACCACCACCGCCAUGUCAGGAGACAUACCCGGCAGUCAUUACCCACACAUGGCCUACGCAUCUUCCGAUCACCACGUUGCGGUGCCUCGGGAGCCGAACCCAAGCCACAGCUACGAGUUCAUGCCGGAGGAGCUCGACAAGUGGCCGGGCAGUAUACCGGCGGAGAUGAAUGGGGGAGCGCAUGAGCAUGCGCACUCGGCUUAUACGGCGAGUAAUACGGUGCAGGCAGUUUAA